AUGGCGAACGCUGAGCCAAGCUUGAUCCUCUCCGACCUCUCGCCAGAUCUGCUGCGGCUCGUCUACAACAAGGUGGCCAAUCCGUUGGCCCCCCUCGCCGCGAUUUCAUUCGGCAGCACGUGCAAGAGUUUGCGCGCAGCUGUGCGCAGCCGCGCUGCACCCCACGACCGCUCCGCUGAGGAGCGGCUGCGGCGACAAUUCGUUCGAGUGACGGUGUUCGCCCGGGCGACCGAGUUUGUCGCGGUGGACUUUCGCAGUGGCGAGGCUUUGACUUUCGGCGAGCUCAUGACUUCAGGCUGGAUCAACCAACUUCAGAAAGUAAAACUACGAGGGCUGGACAGAGCACCAGAGAAUCAGGCGGUCGAGCCGCCGCCGUGGGGCUUUGCAGACGAGCUCCGCGAGCACGGCGAAACCAGGCAUCUCCGCCUCCCCCUUCGAUUUCCGAACCCGGAGACGGAAGAGGCACAGUGUGCAACAGAGGUGAUGUGGUGGGAGGUUUUCAGGACAGCCGCUGAAGAUGACUACAGAUUGGGGCCAAUAAUCCGCGCGCUCACGGGUGGCGCGCUGCCGCGGCUGCUCCACCUCGACUUCGGCGACAACAAGCUGGGCGACUCCUUCUGCGUAGGGCUUUCCGCAGCGCUCUCAGCGUGCACAGCUUUGCAGGAGCUGUACCUGGAUCGCAACGGCAUCACCGGCCACGGCGUGGCUGCGCUGGCUGGCGCACUGGGGGCCGGUGCGGCGCCGCAUCUCAGGAUUUUAGGGAUGCGCGACAACUUCAUCGACGACGCCGGCCUCGGGGCGCUCGCCGAGAGCGGCAAGCAGGGCCUCCAGCGGCUCGAGGUGCUCCUCGUCGACUAUUACCUGGACCUGGAGUCUGGCGCGCCGCAAAGCGGCCUCUCCGCCAGCGGAUUCAACACGCUUGCCGCUGCCCUUCGCGACGGCGCGUUUCCGGCGCUAAUUUACUUGGCAGCCGGGUCCCUGGAUGGGGGGGAGCUUGUGCAGCUGAACAGUGCUUGCGAUACGCGAUCAAUCCGUCGAGAUUUUGUGAUUGAGGAGGAGUUAGAGGUGCUUCGGUGUGGGGUGUGUGGCGAGGAGGGAGAGGAGACGGGGUGGGAAUACCUGUGCAAAUGGGAGGGAGAUUGGGAGGACUCGUGGGUGCGGCACGACGAGAUGGGCACCACAGAGCCGCGCUGGAACGGGUCCACCUGCAAGGUGGUCUCCUUUGACCGCGAGCGGCGGCGCUACACCGUCCAGAUGAAGGACGAGUCGACGCACCUCGCCCUCAAGCUCGAGAGCCUCCGGCUCUGA